AUCUCAAGAAACCCCUGUAGAUGGGCAGCCUCCUGCUUUGCCACCCAAACAGUCUAAAAAGAACAGCUGGAACCAAAUUCAUUAUUCACAUUCACAACAAGAAUUGGAUAACCAUAUAAAUGAAACAUAUGAUUCGUCAUCUCCAGAAAAAUCUACACCCAAUGGUGGGAUUCCUCAUGAUAACCUUGUUCUGAUCAGAAUGAGGCCUGAUGAAAAUGGAAGAUUUGGUUUCAAUGUAAAGGGUGGAUAUGACCAGAAAAUGCCCGUCAUAGUGUCCAGAGUAGCUCCAGGAACACCAGCUGACAUUUGUGUUCCUCGUUUGAAUGAAGGAGACCAGGUAGUGCUGAUCAAUGGCAGGGAUAUAUCAGAACAUACCCAUGAUCAAGUUGUCAUGUUUAUUAAAGCUAGCUGUGAGAGGCACUCAGGGGAACUUGUGCUUCUAGUUCGACCUAAUGCUGUUUAUGAUGUAGUAGAAGAGAAGCUGGAGAGUGAACCUGACUUCCAGUACAUCCCUGAGAAGUCCCCACUAAAUGGCAUCCACCAAGAUGACAAUGCUCUGAGAGAAUCGAUGUUCCAGCUAGCUGAAGGGCUCAUCACUGGAACUGUUCUGGCUCAGUUUGAUCAACUUUAUAGGAAGAAGCCUGGGAUGACAAUGUCUUGUGCCAAAUUACCUCAAAACAUUUCCAAAAAUAGAUACAGAGACAUUUCGCCUUAUGAUGCUACACGGGUCAUUUUAAAGAGUGAUGAUGAUUACAUUAAUGCAAACUAUAUAAAUAAUAAUGAGCACCGUCAGCUCACUCAGAUCCAGUACAUAGCAUGGCCUGAUCAUGGGGUUCCUGAUGAUUCCAGUGAUUUCUUGGAUUUUGUGUGUCGUGUUCGGAAGAAAAGAACUGGCCGAGAAGAACCUGUUGUUGUCCACUGCAGUGCUGGCAUUGGACGAACAGGAGUUCUUAUCACUAUGGAAACAGCCAUGUGUCUCAUUGAGUGUAAUCAGCCUGUUUAUCCUUUGGAUAUUGUGAGAACCAUGAGAGAUCAAAGGGCCAUGAUGAUCCAGACUCCUAGUCAAUACAGGUUCGUUUGUGAAGCUAUUUUGAAAGUGUACGAAGAAGGACUUGUUAGACCUUUUAUGACAUCACUGGAUAAAUAGAAAGCAAAAAGAGACUUUUUGGAAGAACUGGUAUAAGACACUGGCUGCACUUGUUGUGCGAUAACUUUGCUUGCAAGAAAUGGUGUCUGGAAACAAUGAAGAACUGAAAAGAACUUGGAAAAACUUCAGCACUGUUGCACUUUAUGUUGAAACUGAAAACAGUCUCUAAAACACGAUGUUUUUUUCCUGUGUUGGAAGACUCUCUUCAUGCUUUGCUCUGAACAAACCACAAACUACAUGAGCUCCCUGUGUUCAGGAUGACUUUUCCAGACUUGGGUGUAGUGCCAUAGAGUUCAUUUUUGUUUGAACUGCUGCAAAAAAGAAAAAAAGGAAAAAGGAAAAAAAAAAAGCUUGGAAUGCUUUUACUUUCUGUUUGACACUUGUGUCUUUCAAAUUAACAAUACACACAAAGCCAUCUCUUCCAGUGCCAGAUUGAUUUGCUGUGUUCAGAUCCUUGCUAUCUUUGUCUUCAUUCUAGUGAAACGUUAGCAAUAUUACGGCUACUACACACUGCCUACUAAAGCAGCACAUUUUGCCCUAUGCCCCUCUCGAAUCUAACUUGAUCAGUAGUGGAAAGCUGCAAUCUGUCCUGACCCAGCAGUAGCACUAUAAAGGCCCUUUAUCCAGCAUCUUGUUUCACGUGGGGUAGAAAGGACAUCUCUUUUGAACUGGUAGUUCAGUUUCUUGGUUGUGUCAUGAUGUUGGCGUGUUUCAAUUCACCUGAUAACUUUACAUAAAGAAAACAGUCUGUCUUAACCCCCUAAGUGCCUUGAAACUUACAGUGUAUGGCUUGGAUCCUAAGGUGCCAUGGUGCAACACCAGUUCCUCUGUCAGAACAGCAUUGAUGUUUGCAGAGGGAGGGCAGUUUUUGCAAAUUCCUGCUUUGCCCCCCACCCUGUUACUGGGGGUACCUGCGAGAGCCCACUUUUGGAUAGCACAGAAGGCUGCAGUGGGAGGGGGGGAGAAAAGCGGAAGGCCCCAUCCUCAAGUGCAGCUCCAGUUGUGCUGCUUAGGAUCCAAACCUGCCUUAACGGAUAGGCACUGGUAUAGGCCCUAAAGGGGAAGUCUCAUUAUUGAAGCUUUUUUUUAUUUUAAUGGGUUCACAUUUCAAAGCAUGGCCCUUGGUGCUUAGAACAUGGUAGCAUGGGGGGGAGGGGCAUGUCACAGAAAUACCAUUCUUCCUCUUUCUACAAGGACCUGCAUGCUACUAAACAAAAGCACCCUAGCCUAUUAAAUAAGCAUUGUUUACUGCUAUGAAAUGAAGUGGGAAAAUCUGACACAUUCCUUUCAUUUGGUAAAAGGUUUGCAGCCCGUAAAAUCAUUUUAGAAUUUGUUCCUCUGUUUUAUCCUUAUGCGGAGAAGGAAAAGCUUUGUAACUUAAGGUAGAGGAUAUAACUUUUUACUAGCACUGAUGCUUUGCUUUAAACAUGCCUAUCUAAGGUAAUCCUUUCCCCCAUCACCUGCUUCCCAUUAAUUUCCUGAGUUUCCCCCCUGCUGUUUUUCAAGUUCUGCUUGUACUGGACUGCUUUUAAAGGGGGGCAGGGUGGUAAAGGCCAACAACUCAUCCCUAAAACAUUUGUCCUUGUUUGGAUUUCCAUGUUGUUCUUUCUUGAGACAAAACUGUUAAUAUUUGUGUGCCUCCUUUCUGAAGUUAUUUGCAUGUAUGCAGGAGAGGCAGUUCUUUGAUACAGUAUCUGAGCUCAUUCUACAGACAUGUAUAGCUUUUCACAUUUUUUUUCUAGGUGAAGCCAACAGACUAGUAAGGGUGUCCAGCCUUGCACAGUAAGUUGGGAAUUGUUUUUAUAAAGACUAUCUUCAGACCCUAUAUUUAAAUGUUUGGUUAUAAAGCAUUUUCUUAAAAUCAGGAUAUGCAAAGUACAAAAUGAGAAAAUGAAUUAUUUUAAAAUAGUUUUUUCUUAAAAAAAUUAUGGUGUAUAAUCACUUCUAUAUAUAUUUAGAAGGACCCACAGGUACAAUGGCAGCAACCUAGCACUGUAAUGCCAAAUGAGAGAAAAUGUAAAGCCUCUUUUUAAAAGAUUUUUAAAAAAUCAGCCCUUAUUUCCAAAGCAAGGCUGUGAUAUAUGUUUCUAGAUUUAACAUUGCCAAGCACAUUUUUUAGUGUUUCCUUUACCCACGUGUGGCUGAAUGCAGUUGUACUGUCAGUAGGAAUACAAUAUGUUUGUGCUUUGACAAGCUGGUCCACUUUCUAAAUCUGCUUAUACUUUUGAAAGCUGUGAAAGUUCAGGGGUUGGUGAGAACAAUGUUGUUGUAUACGAAGUAAUAACUGAAGGAGCCACUUUUUCAUAGUCUGUUACUAUUCAGCAGGGCAUGAGAGGCUGUGUGAGCAUUUUCAUUAGGCUUAGAGCAGAUGACAAAUUGCAAUGUGGUGACUGCUUAGAAUCUUUCCGUGCAGUUAUCUGAAACCAUCAUUACGUGUUUGGGCAAACAAUGUAAAAAAUUCUUUUAUUGAAAGCCUAUAGUAGUUCUUUCCAGCCAAUGUGAUGGCCAUGAAAAGAAAUAAUGGUAAGCAUACUUCACAUUCAUGCUCUGUUUUAAUAUGUUUUGCAUCAAAAGUGUUACGAUAUACGUGGAAAGUCCCCCCCCCACUUUUGAUUUUAAAAUAUUGAGUUUCACUGUUCUAGGCCAUAGUGUUGGUCAUUUAUCGGGCUAAUUUAAGCACUUGUAGCAUAUAAGGAACUCUUAUGUGGUUGCAUCUAUUCUAUUGAAACAAUAUUUGGUUUCACUUUUGUCGACCUAUAAAUUAAAGUAGCAUUGCCCUUUUUUAUAAACUUAGGAGCAAAAGGACUAGAAAGUUUAUAGCAACACUGUGUGUCAUUAGUAUUUUACGUAUGUGAUAUUCUUAUGUGAAGUUGCCAAAGCAAUUUGAAUUCAUGAGGAAUAUUUAUACCACAAUGUAUAGCUUUGUUGGGGGAUAUUUUUCAUAUUCAGUACAUUUGAUGCCAUGUACAGGCAGACACAUCAGUCGUCUUAAAAAGCUCUCCCUCCUGAUAUAAGCUGAUUUAAGGCUUACUGGUUAGUUGCCAUGAAGAAAUGUUGAGAGAGAUUCGUUUGGGCAGGGUCACCAGCUAAUCCACAAGCUGCGGGAGUUUCCCUCAAUGCGCAUUUGGUAAGGACAGAGUAAUAAUAAAGCA